AGAGAGAGAGAGAGGGAGGGCUGGGAAUUGAAUCGGAGGAGAUGGGAGAGACGCAGGAGGGAGCGGAGGAGAUGCCAGAGGCGCAGAAGGAGGGAGGUGCGGCGCCGGUGAAGAUGGAAUCGACCCUUUGCCACGGGGGAAGGUUCGUCCGGUACAAUACAUGUAGCAAUCGUAGGAUUGUUUUUGAGGUCACUUCCAAGUAUAAGCCCCCAAUCAUUCCCCUUCGCAGUGACCCUUAUAGCGUCACCUGGUCUGUUUUGAAUUCGGAGACGGGAGAGCAGGUGGCGAUCAAGAGAAUCCGGUAUGCUUUUGAUAAAAUGAUCUAUGCUAAGAGAAUGUUGAGGGAGGUCAAGAUUUUGCGCCACAUGGACCAUGAAAAUGUUCUAGCAAUCAGGGACAUCAUACCUCCUCCGCAAUGGGAACUAUUUAAUGAUGUCUACAUUGCCUAUGAGCUUAUGGAGACUAAUCUGCAUCAAAUAAUCCACUCUGACCAACCUUUAUCCGAGGAACACAUUCAGUAUAUAUUAUAUCAGAUUCUUUGUGGAUUGAAAUACAUACAUUCAGCAAGCGUUCUUCAUGGAGACUUGCAGCCAAGCAACAUCCUCCUAAAUGCAAGUUGUGACUUGAAGAUUUUUGAUUUUGGGUUUGAACCCAUUACCUCUCCUUUUAUUAGGGAGUAUAUUCCUGCUACAAAAAGCUACCGAGCACCAGAAUUAUUGCUGAAUUCUUCUGGAUAUACUGCUGCGAUUGAUGUGUGGUCUGUGGGAUGCAUCUUUAUGGAGCUAGUGGAACGGAAAUGUUUAUUUCCAGGGAAAGACAUCGUGCACCAGAUAUGCUUGGUGUUGGAGCUUAUUGGCACUCCAAAAGAGGAUGAUCUGGGUUUCUUGGAUGAAGUUGAUAGAAGAUCUAUCCUCGGACUUCCUUGUUACGCCCGCCAGUCAUUCGCAGAAAAGUUUCCGCAGAUGCAUCGCACAGCAAUUGACCUUGUUGAGAAGAUGUUGACAUUCAAUCCAAGCCAGAGAAUAACUGUAGAAGAUGCUCUUGCACAUCCUUACUUUGCAUCCCUACAUGAUACAAGCGAUGAGCCAGUAUGCAAGACACCCUUCAGCUUCGACUUUGAACAGCACGUACUCACUGAGGAGCAUGUGAAGGAGCUAAUUUACAGAGAGGCCCUUGCAUUGAAUCCUGAGUACCAGACCUAAAAGCUUUGGAAAUUUUAAUUAACAGUAGGAGCUAAUUUAUAGCAGUGUCUUAAGAACCUUAAGGGCUUGUUUGGGAUGGCUUUUUUAAAGCCCAGAAGUGCUUUUUUAUAAAAAAAGCACUUCUGGGUUUUAAAAACCAUGUUUGUGUUGGCUUUUGGGAAAAAGCUGAAGCUGUGAAAAAAGCUGAAAUACAGCUUUUUUCAUAAGCUGCUCAACUGGUGCUUUUGAGAAAAGCACUUUUCAAAAGCUGUUUUGUGGGUUGUAAAAUUACUAAAUUGCCCAUGUUCUUUUCUAACAUUUCCCCAUCUCUAGCCCUAAGUUACUAUCCUGAUGCUUCCCCAUCUCUCUGAUCU